UUGUCACAGACACAAAGGCUACGACGACACGAUACGAUACUGAUACCAAAAUCUACAAAAGUCAAACCUCGCGCACAUUUGCUUAGCUUGCAUCAGUAUUCCAAAAUGGCUCUUCCGAAGCGUAUCAUUAAAGAGACAGAAAGGCUCAUGGCCGAACCUGUUCCAGGAAUCAGUGCCAUCCCUCACGAGGACAACCUCCGAUACUUCGAUGUUCAAAUCCACGGCCCUGCCCAGUCUCCUUACGAGGGCGGCGUCUUCAACCUUGAGCUCUUCCUACCCGACGACUACCCCAUGACACCUCCCAAGAUCCGAUUUCUUACCAAGAUCUUCCACCCCAACGUUGAUAAGCUUGGUCGCAUCUGUCUUGACGUUCUUAAGAACAACUGGUCUCCCGCCCUCCAGAUCCGAACCAUCCUUCUCUCGAUCCAAGCUCUUCUCGGUGCCCCUAACCCCGACGAUCCCCUCGCUGCCGAUGUUGCCAAGAGCUGGAAGGAGGACGAGCAGGCGGCUAUCGCAACCGCCAAGGAGUGGACUGCUCAGUACGCGAAGCCUUGA